ACGCUGCCCCCCCCCCCGCCCCGGCAUCUCCCCCGCCCCCGGGCACCGGCAACCGGACACCGGCACCGGCGGGGUGAGGGCAGCGGCGGCGGCGGCGGCGGGGGGCGGCCUCGAAGCGGGACCUUGGCGGGGACUGGUGUCCAACCCGGGGUGUCGGCGGGAGUGGGACCAGGGGCGGGCUCGAACCCGGGAUCCCCCCCCCCCCAGUUGCAGCCUCACCCCCAGCUCCUUCGUUGUCGCCGCUCCCCCGGGACCCCCGAAGCGUCUUCACCCCCGGCCCCCCCUUUCCUCCCUGUGUGUCCCCCCAGCCCCCAGCCAUGGCUUGCAGCCUGAAGGAUGAGCUGCUGUGCUCCAUCUGCCUGAGCAUCUACCAGGACCCGGUGAGCUUCGGCUGCGAGCACUACUUCUGCCGCCGCUGCAUUACCGAGCACUGGGCGCGCCAGGAGGCGCAGGGCACCCGCGACUGCCCCGAGUGUCGCCGAACCUUCGCCGAGCCCACCCUGGCCCCCAGCCUCAAACUGGCCAACAUCGUGGAGCGCUACAGUGCCUUCCCCUUGGAUGCCAUCCUGGGGGCCCAGCGGAGCUCCCUCCCCUGCGAGGACCACGAGAAGGUGAAGCUCUUCUGCCUCACCGACCGCACCGUCGUCUGCUUCUUCUGCGACGAGCCGGCCGUGCACAAGCAGCACCAGGUCACCAACCUGGAUGAUGCCUUCGAGGAGCUGCAGCGGGAGCUGAGGGAGCAGCUGCAGGGGCUCCAGGAGAGCGAGCGCGGCCACACCGAAGCCCUGCACCUCCUCAAGCGACAGCUGGCUGAGACCAAGUCCUCAGCCAAGAGCCUGCGGGUGACGAUCGGGGAGGCGUUCGAGCGGCUGCACCGCCUGCUGCUGGAGCGGCAGAAGGCGAUGCUGGAGGAGCUGGAGGCAGACACGGCCAGGACGCUGAGGGACAUCGAGCAGAAGAUCCAGAGCUACAGCCGGCAGCUGCGCAAGGUGCAGGAGGGCAGCCAGAUCCUGCAGGAGCGCCUGGCCGAAGCCGACAAGCACAUCUUCCUGGCGGGCGUCGCCUCCCUGCCCGAGUGGUUGAAGGGGAAGAUCCAUGAGACCAACCUGACCUAUGAGGACUUCCCCACCUCCAAAUACAUGGGCCCACUGCAGUACACCAUCUGGAAAUCCCUCUUCCAGGACAUCCAUCCUGUGCCAGCCGCCCUGACGCUGGACCCGGGCACGGCUCACCACCGCCUAAUCCUCUCGGACGACUGCACCAUCGUGGCCUACGGCAACCUGCACCCCCAACCGCUGCAGGACUCCCCCAAGCGCUUCGACGUGGAGGUGUCGGUGCUGGGCUCGGAGGCCUUCGGCGCCGGAGUGCACUACUGGGAGGUGGUGGUGUCGGAGAAGACCCAGUGGAUGAUCGGCCUGGCCCACGAGGCCGUGACGCGGAAAGGCAGCAUCCAGAUCCAGCCCAGCCGCGGGUUCUACUGCAUCGUGAUGCACGACGGCAACCAGUACAGCGCCUGCACCGAGCCCUGGACGCGGCUCAACGUCAAGAGCAAGCUGGAGAAGGUUGGCGUCUUCCUGAACUACGACAAAGGGCUGCUCAUCUUCUACAACGCCGACGACAUGUCCUGGCUCUACACCUUCCGCGAGCGCUUCCCGGGCAAGCUCUGCUCCUACUUCAGCCCCGGGCAGAGCCAUGCCAACGGCAAGAACGUGCAGCCCCUGCGCAUCAACACCGUCCGCAUCUGAGGGCAGCGCGGCCCCCACCGCCCCCGGGGCUGCUCCGGCUGCUGGGGCUGAGCCUGCCCCGGGAACUGCCCCUCUGCCCCCACCCCUGCCUCUGGCUGCUGCUUCCAAGGGGGGCAUGGGUACCGUGGUUGCACGGGAGGGGCCGGGCUGCUGCAAUAAAAGGAUUCAGAGAGAUAGGGCUGGGUGGUGCAGAACCCCACAGGGUGGCACCAGGCUGGGCUGCGCUGUGCCAUGGCAUGCUGUGGGGUGCCACGAGUGCUGGGUCACUCCAUAGCAACUGAGUCAUGCCCUAUGUACAGUGCCAUGCUAUGGUGGGAUGUGCCAUAGCCAUAAGUCUGGCACUGUGCCAUAGUGUGCCAUGCCAUACAUACAGUGCCGUGCCAUGUUGUGCCGUGCCACGUGUAUGGCACUAUGCUUUGGUGUGUCAUGCCAUAUGUAUGGUGCCAUGCCAUACGUGCCUCACUGUGGCAUCUUGCGUGGUGCUGUGCCAUGCCAUGUGUACUGUGCCCUGCGUGCACUAUGUUGUGCCCUACCUACAUCAUUGUGCUGUUGUGCACUGUACUGUGCCAUGCCCAUACACAUGGCACAGUGCCAUAGUCUAUCACACUGUGCCAUGGUGUGUUUGUGGCACCAUGCCAUCACGCCCCACUCCACGACAGGCCAUGUGUGCCAUGUGUACUGUGCCAUCAUGCAUUGCGCUGCACCAUGCUAUACUUAUUGUGCCAUGCUGUGCAUAUGGCACCUUGCCAUACGAUGCCAUAGGUACCACACUUUGCCAUAUGUACUGCACCAUGCUGUGGUUUGUCACUCUGUAGGUACAGUGGUGUGCCAUGGCAAGGCGUCAUGCCAUGGUAUGUCAUGUCAUGAUGUGACAUAAACUGUACAAUGUAUGGCAUUGUGCCAUGGUGUGCCGUGCCGUGUAUACUGUGCCAUGCCACAUGUAUGGCAUGAUGCCAUUGUGUGCCAUGCUGUACAUGCUGUGCUGUGCCACACAUAUGGCACUGUGCCAUCAUGUGCCAUGCCAUCCAUACUGUGCCAUGCCACAUGUAUGGCACAGUGCCAUUGUGUGCCAUGCUGUACACGCUGUGCUGUGCCACACGUAUGGCACUGUGCCGUCAUGUGCCAUGCCACCCAUACUGUGCCAUGCCACAUGUAUGGCACCAUGCCAUCCAUACUGUGCUGUGCCACAUGUAUGGCACCAUGCCAUCAGGCACCAUGCCAUCCGUACUGUACCAUGCCACAUGUAUGACACCAUGCCAUCCAUACUGUGCUGUGCCACAUGCAUGGCACUGUGCCAUUGUGCA